GUAGGAUCUUGAUCCUUCUUCAAAUUUAAGAUCAAUAUUUUCCUUAAAAGAACAAUGCCUGUGCCAGAUCCAGGGGCGGGGCGAGUAUUCAUCUUUCUCAUUACCUUAUUUCUUUUCCUAUCAAUAGCUGUCGGAGGUGGUUGUCUGAUUGCAUACACAAUCCUCCCUUAUCCUCCAGUUUGGCUCUCUUACCUCGGCAUUUUCUUUGUUUGUCUCCCUUGGUCUUUUUGGAUCCUAACCUUUGCAUACCGCAUUGUCUCCCGCACUUUUGGGUUUAGGAUGGUCAUUGGAUCAGGUGGUAAUAACAACAAUGCGACCGGAGAGUCCAAUGCACGUGAUAUUGAUCCUCCUGAGCAAUCUUUAGAGGCUCAUGAUGAUGAUCCUGAGGCGAUAGCUCACCCACAAGGUCAAGUUGAAGGGAACCAAUCGAAGAAAAGAAUGUCAACCUCCAGCAAUUCUACUGUCGAUUCACAUGAAAGUGAGAUGCCACUAGCCAUUUCUAUGGGUUCAUGAUCAAAUAUGUUUUGAUAUGAAAAAGGGAUCUUGAUAUAGAUAGCAUCAUGAUGGAGAUGCUAAGCAGCCUCUUGGAAACAUGGGAGAUUUUGCUGUUUUUAUUUUGUAUCUUAUACAAAUAGAUUUGUAGAUUCGACAAAAAAGAAGAAGGAAAAUUACACCUUUUACCAUUACUAAAGGUUCUCCUAAAACACAAGCCCUAAAAAUCAAGAGAGAAAUGUUUGUUACAAAGGGGUAUAGAUUAAGUGUUUUGGGUGUGGUACAUGCGUAAUGCUGAUAUGACGUUAUA